AGAAUAGAGUUUUACAGGAAGUGAUUUCUAGAUACAAUUAUCUUAAAAUGCAUGCAAGGUUAGUUUGAGAUACUGUACUUGAAACGCUCAAGCAGUUAUUUGGAGAUAUUUAUAAGUUGAGAUCUCAAAGCCUAUUGCAAAUAUCUUAAAUGCAAAUGAGCAUAUUCUGAGAUAUUUUUAAACGACAAAAAGUAAAUCUGCCUUUUUUAUAGAUAUCUGACGCUCGUUCUGAGGUGUCUCUAAAUGUUAAUAUGGCUUUCCGUUAUUUUCUUUGUCAAGUGACAUUUAAAAAAGAGAACGAGAGUGGUGAUAUGUUACAAGUUAGUCAGGCUGGCAAGUAAAAACAAAGCACUCCUCGGUACACGUGACAGGAGCUUUGAACUUUAGUUUGUUUCAAAGUCGCGACAGUAAUCACACUACAGAUUAAUGAAAGAGAAAGUGCUUAGGCAUCUUAAAGUCCUUUAACGUGUUCGCUCUGUCGUCUCUCGGACUUUACCAUCCAGCGAUCAUUCCCGAUCACGCGCCGCGCUCGCAGUCCGAAGUUAACCCUUCGCAGCUGCAGGUCAUAACAUCCGAAGACACGCGGGAGAGCGGAGCGGGGCGGCUCAAUCCGGUCCUGCUCGAUUGUCACUCUUCUCGCGUCACUCGAGGUCGGCUGGUAUUGCUGAUUUGCUUUGAGACACCAUAGCUGCCUCUCCGAGUACGUUGCUCCAGUCUCGUAAGUACUGUGCUCCUUCCUCUUCAUCGUUGGACCCUUGUGCGUGUCUCUGUUCUCUUUCAAGUUUGCCUUUCAGUGAUCGAGCGGCAAACCUUUAAUUAGCGCUGCGCGUGGAAGUCCAAAAUCCAGCUACUGUGCCAAUCGUUUGAACUGAUGGUUUAGAUUCGACAAGGAUGCUGAUACAGGAUAGUUUGAUAGGUAUCUUGAAAUUCAAUAAAUUGAUGAGCUGGGAUGAUUGACACUUUGUUAUUUUUAUUUUUGAAUGUUUAAAAAUGUAUUUAUUUUUUGUAUUUUUGAAUGUUUAAAAACUCAAGGUUAUUUCGGUUGUACCUACUUAAAAACGGUUUGUCGCUCCUUGUGGGACGAACACCAGUUUGGCCGCCCAGGAUGAUUGCUUCAUUAAUGGUACAUUUUGUGUGGAAUGCAAAGUGAUGUUCCUCAAUUGCCAGACAUCUAAAAUGUUAAUAGUAAGUCCCAAGGAAGGAUAGCAUUUUCUUUUAGCACCAUUUUAAUGCUUACUUGUGUAUUAAUAAUAUGUAAAGUCUUUUACAACUUGUGACAGUUCAAAGUGUAGUUGUUCAUGAGGCAGUCUGAUACCGUUUUUUUUUUCUUCUUUUUUGCCGUGAAUGUUGAAAUAAAGAAUCCGUGGUAAAUAGUCGAUGAGUAUUGCCAGACAGUUAUAAUUCAUACAAAAAAGACAUUGAUGUCCAAGGCAGAAUUUUAUCAUUUCAUUAUUUCGUUUGUACAAUACAACAUAAUACAUUUUUGUAUAGCCCAAAAUCACAGUAGCCACCAUCGAGUCGCUGCUGAACAGGGACCAGAACCCGCACAUUAGAAGAAACCAUCCCUUGACUGGAUGCUAAUCCAUCGCGGCGGUAAUUUACAAAUCCAGUUUCUCUUAAAUUUAAAGUCGUCAGUUUGGAUACAUGCGUUUGGAAUGUUGUCAUGACUCGAACACCCACCAGAAUGUGGAAGUUCCCUUUUACCAGUGAGCUGAUCGUUGUACCGCUUUAGCCAUUACGGAUGCAAUGAGAAGUCAAGCGAAAUUACACUUUUAUUGGCUAAUUGAACAGAUUACAAUAUGAACGUUUUUCGUGGCAACUCGUGUCACUUAUCAGGCUUGAUUUCUCGGUAAGCCGUCAGAGAAACAAAUCGAAGCAACACAGGGCACAUUGCACCCUAAACUGACGUGAAUGCCAAUUAAUAACAUUUUAUAGGUGCUGGAUGGCGCUGUGGUUAGCAGGGCUAAUACAUCACAAGUCGAAAUCAUGACCAGCCACUUCUGAGGAGUUUACCCGCACUAAUUUAAUAUUAUUAGCAAAUGUACGCAUUUUUUCUCUGUUUUAAUGAAAGAGACAAACUGGCAUUCGAUAGAUUGCUGUACUUCAAACGCUUGUGCCAGACGUUACUUCACAAAAAUAUCCUCGCAACGUAAUCCGUUGAUUACUGAAAUUAAGACCAUUUGAAACCAAUCUGCACAUCGUACUUUGAAUUACUGCCGCCAAGAUUUCAUAAUCGGUCCAUCUGGAUUUACGCAUUCAAAGGGUCUAAAAGACGUAAAUGACUAUCAGCUCCAGCCUCCAGGCUCGAGGGUUUCUGGGCCAUCUCAUGGUCACUUAGCGCUGCACUGGUUCGGAAAAUGAAUUACAUCUUCCUGUGGACUCGUAUGAUUUGACCGAGAGAAGAUUGCGCCUUCCUGUAUUUCUGGUGGGGACCAGUUAACAGCAGAGAGACCCAUGGUGAAGAUAGAGAUAUUACAAUUAUUUGUUCUCCAAAGAAAGUUUUCUGAUGCAACAUCCAUUGAAUGAGGUGAAGCAACUUGGUUUAUUGAUGGUGUGCUAAAUAACGAGCUCUCCAUGCCUGCCAGUUUACCUAAGUCUUCCAGCUGUAAAUGAUGGAGUGUGGUGUCUUUUGUGAAGAUAUAUUAGUGAUGUAGUGUUCCUGAUGCCAUGUGAAAGAUGAGUAUCCUGAUCACUCUUCGAAACCUGCUACUGGCACUGAGUCUCAUGCUGGUCCUGGGAUUCCUGUACUAUUCAUCAGGGAAACUGCAUAUGCGAGGAUGGGGUCAGGAAACAUAUUCUGAUGGUGAUCACUUGUUCUCCGCGGGACGAACAUUAGGCACAGUGUAUGACAAACAAGGUUUUCUGGUGAAACUGGAUGGAAAACUUCCACUGGAGCUAACUUACAAGUAUGGAAACCUCAGUGAAGGAGCCUGCAAGCCUGGUUAUGCGGCAGCUAAGAUGAUGUCAAUAUAUCCCAGGUUCUCCAAACCAGCUGUAAUGUUUCUUGAUAGAAACUUUAGACAUCUGGGAAAAAUAAGUAAUUUUGUUCCUCCUUUUGGUAUUAAAACACAGGAAAAAAUUAUUGACAGUAUUUUGGAACAAACCAAACAUUAUAAAUUGACUCCAUCUCUGGACAGUUUGAGCUGUAAAAGAUGUAUAAUUGUUGGAAAUGGAGGGAUCCUUGCUAACAAGUCUCUUGGAACCAAGAUUGAUGAGUAUGAUAUUGUCAUACGGUUGAAUGAGGCUCCAGUGGUUGGAUUUGAGAAGGAUGUUGGCAAAAAGACAACAAUUAGAAUCACCUAUCCUGAGGGAGCAUUUCAGAAUCCAGAUCGAUAUGAAAAGGACUCUCUUUUUGUCUUUUCUGCUUUUAAACCCCUUGACUUCAAGUGGCUGAAGCAGGUUAUCAACAAAGAAAAGCUGGUGAGAGCAUGGCGUGUGACAGAUGGCUUCUGGAAGUCAGUAGCUAUGCAGGUUCCUAAAGUGCCCAGUGAGGUUCGCAUUUUAAACCCUUACUUCAUCCAAGAGGCUGCUUUUCGCUUCAUCGGACUGCCACUGAACAAUGGAAUCAUGGGAAGAGGGAAUAUACCAACACUGGGCACUGUUGCAAUAACUAUGAGUCUUCAUAACUGUGAUGAAGUGGCAGUAGCUGGAUUUGGUUAUGAUAUGAACAACCCUUUUGCUCUUCUGCACUACUAUGAAAAUGUCAAGAUGUCCACCAUUAAAGAGUCAUGGACCCACAACAUCCCAAAGGAGAAGGAGUUUCUCAGAAAACUUGUAAAGGCCAAAGUCAUCACAGAUCUUACAAAUGGAAUUUGAUUCUUCUACAAAAAAACAACAAAAAAAAAAAAACAACUCCUUUCCUGUUGGAGAUUGGCUUGCAUGAAGGAACAUGCAGAGAGUUACUUUUAUUUUAACUUUGUGGUGCCUAGAAGAGACAAACUGGAAAGUCAGACCAGCCAUGCAUUUUACUGGAACUCUCCGAGCCCAGUGGAUUUUACUUUUAGUACUCAAUUUUAGGCCGAUGCAACUGGAAGUAGGUUGGUGGUGAGGGACCGUUAGACUUUUAUCUUUAAGACUUAAGUAUUUAAUUCUUAUUUAAUAUGAAAAAUAAAUCCACAAUACUGUUGGAUGUGCCAAAUGUACCUCUGGAGAUGAUGCCCUCCAAAUUUGCUUGAAUGUAUAUGUACAAAAAAUAAUUAUGGUAUUCAUUUGUUCAUCUAUACAGUACAUGUAUGUUUUGAUUUAUUUUAUAUAUAUAUAUAUAUAUAUAUAUAUAUAUAUAUUUGUUUGUUUAUUUUUGUGUGUGUGUGUGUGCAGUGCCCUUUUGGAACUACUAAUAUGGGUGUGUCUCUGUCCUGGCAUCAACGAACAUCCCCUGCUGCUAUUAUUAAAAAGGGCCAAGUGCACUCUUUUAUGUUGAUUUUGUUUUUAAAAGAAUGUCCCAGUCCCAAUCAUUCUCUCUAUUCUCUAAGAAGGCAAUCUUUGUUCUAGAUGCAAUCCGCCAACCUUUGUGAAGGCUGAUAUUUUAUUAAAUCUGAAUGUCAGGUUUUACAAGAAUAAGCUGAAGAACUAACUGAAGGAAAGGACAAGAUGUGGAGCAAAGCAGAUCAUGUGUUUUGGUAACUGUAACCUCACUAACCCCACCACCAACAUGAUCUAUCUACUUCCCAUUCUUCAUACUCUAGCCAUGCUUGAGCCAUGCUGAAGUCUUUGAAAGCCAGUACCAAUAUGAAUACAAAUCAGUAUUAUUUUGAAAGAGAUGGAAAAGAGAAAACUGUAUUUGUUUUAGAAAACGGAAAGAAGGUGGCCAAGCAGACUUGGUGUAGGAGCUAUUAUUGUUCAAGAACAAGUCCUUCGCUGUAUCCUGCCAUGACCUGAGCCAUCAGUCUGCUCUAUUGAAGAAUACAAGAUCCUGGUGUUGUCAUGGGUCAGAUACCAAGCUGCUGUUUCUGAGUGACAAGAGACUGGAUAAUCUGGACCAGAUGGGAAAUGAACAGUAGAACUGUAAACACAGAUAUGUUUUUGUUUUUUUUUUCUUUCUUAUUUGUCCCAUUGUGCUUGGAAGAGGAUGUUGGGAACCAAGAAUGAUUACAGUCACUAUAUUAUAAUGUAUUAAAAGACUUUUUAACAUUAGAAAGGUUA